AUGCCAGCUCUGAACAGUACAUUUCUCGGCGAGGACCAGGACACCCGGGUAGUGGGCAAUUUCGCUAUCCUCCCCAUCAAAACGUCAUUCCGAGGCCCCAGUUACCCCAGCAACGCCGACUACGACAUCAUCGACGAGGUGCUGGAUCUGUUCCGAGCAAACUCAUUCUUUAAGAACUUUGAGAUCAAGGGCCCUGCCGACCGGGCUCUCAUUUACGGCAUUCUCUUUGUGUCCGAGUGUCUGGGAAAGCUCAAGCCUACCACUUCUGCCAACGAGGCCAACAAGUUGCUGAACACUGCUGCUGUGGAACACUUUUCCAUUCCCGGAGACGCCGGCUUCCCACUGAACUCUCUCUACGCCCCUCCCCGAGACCGAAAUGAGGUCGAACUGCUGCGAGGCUACCUGAUGCAAUUCAGACAGGAGCUGGCAAAGCGUCUGAUUGAGAAGAUCUACAAGGACGACCCUUCCAAGCCCAACAAGUACUGGUUGGCUUUCACCAGAAGGCAUUUUAUGAACAAGAGUUUGUAA